UCAUGAUAUAUUUACGAUCUUCCUACCGUACAGUACAUAUUCAAAAGCUCGUUGCAGAUCAUGACUCUCAUCACUUGCAUGCCAUCAGCUCGGUCACAUCUUGUCUUCUCAACAGAUAUCCGUUGAUCUAUGCGCAUCUCCUCCGAUCGAAUCAACCCACCCAACCAAUCCCACCGAACAACCAUGGCUCAAUUUCGCUCGUGCAGCCCGGCCACCACCAGUGAAUUUCCGCCCAUCGCCUCAUGCUCGGAAUCUUUCUUCUGGGAUCCAGAGAUGGUGGAUCUAUUCAUCUACGAUAUGGACUCGAUUCUCGCUCCGCCGUCAUACCAUCCUGAAAUCGGUCUUCAUUCCCUGAUCGAAACCACCGUCCCACAGACCGCGACCACUUCCACGAUGAAUGCCUCCCUGAGUCGCUCAGACUCCCCAAUGAGCCACAGCUCCCUCCUUCCGUCCAACACCGAUCCUCUCCACAGCCUUGACCAUCUCGCACCGGUUCCCCAAACCUCCGCUGUUGCUUCUACAACCCCAGCCUCUCUGUCGUCGUUCUCUACAACAGGCCUGCGACGAGGUACAAAACGAUCGGCCUCGCAUUCAUCCACAGACUAUUUGACAGGGAGCGACACCCCCUCCUCCCCAGUAGCGGAAGACGCGCGCAUUCAAGAGAAACGGCGCCGCAACAAGAUGGCUUCGCGUAGGUUACGCCAGCGCCAGGUCGAGCAUGUCUCUGAUCUCGAGUCGCGACUUGAUCGGAUCACUCAGGAGCGCGAUGCGCUCCGAUUGGAGAUGGCCAAAUGGGAGGCGGAAGUCAUGGUGCUUAGGAAACUCGUUGGCUGCCAGAAGAUGGCUUGAGUGGGUUGGGUGCCUGUCUCAUCCCCUCCACGACUUACGGCAGUGUUUUAGCGGUUACAUAUCAUCUAG